GCAGUUGCAGGCUUCGGCGUGGACCCGGCGCUGCAGAUCGACGUGCUGUCCGAGCUCCGGCCGGGAGAGGCGGCGGGGGUGCUGCAGGUCCCGGGGCUGCACAACGGGAGCAAAGCCUUCCUCUUCCAAGAUACUUCCAGAAGUGUUAAAGCAUCCCCAGAGACAGCUGAAGUCUUUUUUCAGAAGUUAAGAAAUAAAUAUGAAUUCACAGUUUUGGUGACCUUAAAACAAGCUCACUUAAAUUCAGGUGUUAUUCUUUCUGUUCAUCAUUUAGACUACAGGUACCUGGAACUGGAAAGCAGCGGUCAUCGAAAUGAAAUCAGAUUGCAUUACCGUUCAGACAGCCAUCGCUCACACACAGAAGUGUUCCCGUACAUUUUGGCAGAUGAUAAGUGGCAUAGACUUUCUCUAGCAAUCAGUGCAUCACAUUUGAUUUUACAUGUGGACUGCAAUAAAAUUUAUGAAAGAGUUGUGGAGAAGCCCUACAUGGACUUACCUUUGGGUACAACCUUUUGGUUAGGACAGAGGAAUAAUGCACAUGGUUUUUUUAAGGGCAUAAUGCAGGAUGUACAGUUACUUGUCAUGCCUCAAGGAUUUAUUUCUCAAUGCCCAGAUCUUAAUCGCACAUGUCCAACAUGCAAUGACUUUCAUGGACUUGUGCAGAAAAUUAUGGAACUGCAGGACAUUUUAGCAAAAACAUCAGCUAAGUUGUCCCGAGCUGAGCAGAGGAUGAAUAAGUUGGAUCAGUGCUAUUGUGAAAGGACAUGCACUGUGAAGGGCAACAUCUACAGGGAAUUUGAAUCCUGGACAGAUGGCUGUAAGAACUGCACUUGCAUGAAUGGUACUGUCCAGUGUGAAGCACUGAUUUGCCCAUUUUCUGAUUGUUCACUUAAUUCUGCACCUGCAUACGUGGAUGGCAAAUGCUGUAAAGAAUGCCAACCGGUGUGCAUAUUUGAAGGCAGAACCUACUUUGAAGGUCAAAGAGAAACUGUCUAUUCAAACUCAGGGGACUGUGUUCUGUUUGAGUGCAAGGAUCACAAAAUGCAGCGUGUUCCAAAAUCUGGCUGUCCAGCUUUGAACUGCCCAGAGUCUCAACAAAUCUCUUUGUCUCACAGUUGCUGCAAAGUCUGUAAAGGCCAUGACUUUUGUUCUGAAGGACAUAACUGCAUGGAGCAUUCUGUCUGUAGGAAUCUAGAGGACAGAGCCGUCUGUAGUUGUCGAGAUGGUUUCAGAACCCUUCGGGAAGACAAUGCCUACUGUGAAGAUAUUGAUGAAUGUGCUGAAGGACGGCACUACUGUCGUGAGAACACUAUGUGCGUAAAUACUCCAGGAUCUUUCAUGUGCAUCUGCAAAACAGGAUAUAUCCGGAUUGAUGAUUACUCUUGUACAGAGCAUGAUGAAUGUAUUACAAACCAGCACAACUGUGAUGAAAAUGCACUCUGUUUCAACACUGUGGGUGGGCACAACUGUGUUUGCAAGCCUGGUUAUACAGGAAAUGGAACUGUAUGUAAAGCAUUUUGCAAAGAUGGUUGUAGAAAUGGAGGAGCCUGCAUUGCUUCCAAUGUGUGUGCCUGUCCACAGGGCUUCACUGGACCCAGCUGUGAAACUGACAUUGAUGAAUGUUCAGAUGGCUUUGUUCAAUGUGACAGCCGUGCUAACUGCAUUAACCUGCCUGGCUGGUACCACUGUGAGUGCAGGGAUGGCUACCAUGACAAUGGCAUGUUUUUACCAGGCGGAGAAUCAUGUGAAGACAUUGAUGAAUGCGGAACUGGAAGGCACAGCUGUGCCAAUGACACCGUUUGUUUUAACUUGGAUGGUGGGUAUGACUGUCGAUGUCCUCAUGGAAAGAACUGCACAGGAGACUGUAUCCACGAAGACAAAAUCAAGCACAAUGGACAGAUUUGGGUGCUGGAGAAUGACAGGUGUUCUGUCUGUUCAUGCCAGAGAGGAUACGUGAUGUGCCGACGGAUGGUUUGUGACUGUGAGAACCCUACUGUUGACUUGUUUUGCUGUCCUGAAUGUGACCCAAGGCUCAGCAGUCAAUGUCUUCAUCAAAGUGGGGAGCUCUCAUACAACAGUGGAGACACAUGGGUGCAGAACUGUCAACAAUGCCGAUGCUUGCAAGGUGAAGUUGACUGUUGGCCACUGACUUGCCCAGAGGUGGACUGUGAAUUCAGUGUACUCCCUGAGAGCGAGUGUUGCCCACGUUGUGUCACUGACCCUUGCCAGGCAGACACCAUUCGUAAUGACAUCACUAAAACUUGUCUGGAUGAAACAAAUGUGGUUCGCUUCACUGGAUCUUCUUGGAUUAAGCACGGCACAGAGUGCACCCUAUGCCAAUGCAAGAAUGGUCAUGUUUGCUGCUCCGUGGAUCCACAGUGCCUUCAGGAACUGUGAAGCUAACAACCAUUUUUCAAAAGCAGUUUCUGGUUAAUGAAUUUUCCUUCAAAAAGAGACAUUUAGACCAAAAAUUGUAUAAAGCCAAAACUGAAAUCUGAUCAGUUUUGUCCAUCUUAAAAGUGCAGAAAUGUUAUAAAUGAAGUGAGCUGUCCAUUACCUGAGUUAGAGUGAAAUGUAUAGGACUUCAGAAAAGCUCAGAAAUGUAAGCUCAGAAAUGCUUGAGGUCAGACUCAGCUCCUGCCUAUUUGCGUGUCUGACAUCAUUAUGCAGAAUAUUAGGGUAGAGUAAAGUGACACAUUGUAACGUUGUACAUAACGAUGUCAAAAUACAGAGUCCACUAGAAGUAACCUUUGAGCCUACUGAAGCUUUGAAAAUACAAGACUUCAAUAGGCACAGAGACCUUUUCGUAAUAAUAUUUGAAUCUGCACGAUUUGUUUGAUUGCUCACUGCAGAAUCUAACAUAAAGUUGAGUAAAAGGAUGAUGUCUUCAGGAACAAAGAAUAUGCUGGCUAAGAUAUGUUAUGUACAGUACCUACUGAGAAAAAAAGAUACAAGUUAUUGUAAAAAAAACCGUAAUGCACAGGCAUGGCUACUUAAUGUUUUCUGAUGGGAAAAGUCAUCUAUAUUUCCUUGUUUUACUGCACUUAUUAUUUCUUGAUUGAAUUUGUUCAGUAUAAGCUCGUUCUUGUGCAAAAUUUAAAUAAAUAUUUCUCUUACCUUAUAAUA